GAAGCAGUGUUCUAAGAAUGUCAUCAGGCAUAAAAAUAAAACCAAAGACUGCAGUGUGGAAAAGCAAGACAUCUUCUUCUUUACCAUCUUCUCCAAAACCUGCAGUUAAACCACAGCCAAAGCCUAGUGACAAGCUGAAUCCUGAAACUAUUGAUUCAUUUGGUGCUUAUUCUCGACCACCAUCUGCAUUUGCUGCUGUUUAUGCUAAAGGUGGCAUUCCCUGCAGGUUAGUGCAUGGAUCAGUAAAGCACAAACUGCAAUGGGACUGCCUUCCAGGAACUGUUCCCUUUGAUCCUCUCCUUGUGACAUUGGCAGAGGGACUAAGAGAGACAAAACAUCCCUACACAUUUGUUUCAAAGGAGGGUUUUAAAGAAUUACUUCUGGUUAAUGGUGCUGCUGAAAAAGCAAUUCCCUUGUUGCCUCGUCUAGUUCCAGUCUUAAAGGCUGCAUUGGCCCAUGCAGAUCAUGAAGUAUUUGGAAGGGGUUUGGAUGCUUUAGUUCAGCUAAGUGCUGUUGUUGGCCCAUCUCUUAAUGAUCAUCUUAAGCAGCUACUCACAAAUCUUUCAAGGAGACUAAUGGACAAGAAAUCUAGAAAAAAUGUUACUGCUGCUUUACAAAAGCUGGAGGAAUAUGGUGGAAAGGGAACUAUGGCCAUUAUCAAAUCUAAAAUUCCAGUCUAUUGUUCUAUCUUCUCUUGA